UGGGAUUGCACAGGUAUAUACUUCAGACUGAGAAAUAGACAGCAUUGGUGGAAGGGUGGAGGGUGGUGGUGGAGGUUUGGUGGUGCGAGGUGGAGAAGUGGCUUCGGGAAUCCAAAGGCCUGGAAUGUUCUGGUAGUUGUAAGCGUUUACGCCAUAGGUCUGCUCCAAUUGACGCAUCUGCUGGUAGGACAUCCGGAUCUUGUCGAUCUCAUAAAGCUGUUCAGGAAGAAAAACAGAGGAAGUGAAACAGCAAGACAGACAGACAGACAGACAGACAGACAGACAGACAGACAGACAGAGAAAUGGACAAAACUUACACCCUCAACUUGUCCAAUGCUGCUGUAGUAUAUGUAGUAUGACAGAAAGUCUGGAUCCUUUUGGUACCAUUUCACACCAGCUGAACGGCGAGAACGUGCCAGGAAGUUAUGCGUCUGAGGCGAGUCGAUACUUACAGACCCACCUGAUUCUGAAACCAGAAUAUAUUUAACAGCUUCCUCUUCAACGUCUCAGUAUUUACAUUUCUAACCAAGCAGGUAAGCUGAUUCUCAGUAGUCAUGAAUGUCUGAAUAGUUAUUCUUCAUGCUUGUUCAUCUAUAAUUUCCUCAGUUAUUUCUGAGCUUUAGCUCUUUUAUUUGCACAGAUAUUUUUAAUCAGCCUUCAAAAUGAAUAAAACAUGAUACAAUUUACAUGAAAAAUUUGUACCAUUAGUUAAAUCAGCCAGCUUUGUGUCGCCUGCAGAAGAGCUGCACAGGAGAAACCAGCAUUUAGUAUAACAACACAAAUUCACAUAAAUAACUCAAUGAAACGUCAGUAGGAUGGUAGACAUGAGGCUCCUUACAAGGCAGGAUUAGGAAACAGGACAAAGCCCAGAUGACAGACAUCGACGAGAAGAACAUCUCAGAUUCCUGAGUAGGAUAAAGAAGUUGAAAAUCUUCACUGAGUUUACAGAAAAUAUACUACACAAAAACCCAGAUACGCAUAAAAACAUGGAUUUUAUUCUACACACAUUUGGUUAUGCAUUUAUUUCAAUAGUGUGGGUUUAAUUUUAAUUUCUUUUUUAAUCAAUGUUUAUUUAAUUGGCUAAAUUGUCUUAUAUAUGUGUGUGUAUCUAUAUUUCUUUUGGGGAAAUUAAUUUUUAUUCAUAUCAAUUUUAAUAAGGCUUGAAGACACAAAUUCUGAACUUAUAAAAGAAGGUGGAGGUGAAUAGUGAUGGGGUUCAACAACCAGGUGUGAGAAGAAAGCAGGAAUCUAAACUAUACAAACAGGAUGAUGGGAAUCAGACACCAUAAUAAUCAUGUUUAUGUCCUACAUACAGCAUCCAGCUGUUUAUAAAGAACAGACCUGUGUUACUUUAUACUGUAGAUAAUAUAUUACACUACAUGACACUUCAUCUGAUCUCAUUACAGACAUUAGUGUCUGAUUCUAUUCUACUUGUGGUCACUAGGUGGCGGUAGAAAGCACAAUUAUCUGUCUAGGUAGUUAUUAAUCUGCCUGAUUCCGGUGAGACUAAUGAACUGGUCUGACCUUAAAUUAUUAAGUGCUCUAUUUUAUUCCUUUUCGGACAUCUUUCGGGCGACUUGCUUGCAUUAAAUUUUGUUUAAAUUCGCUCUGAUAAAAAUAAAAAUGUAUGUUAUAACAGGCGCGUUAGAGAAAGAGAUUUUUAAUCAGGCGCAUGUGAGAGAGCCACAUUAAGGGUCCGACAGAUGCCGGACGUACAGGAUCCUAUACACCGUGUUGUUGUUGUUAUUAUUAUUAUGUCGCUGUAUUAAGUGUUAGCUUGUUAUUAAUAACUAAAUGAUGUUGUUGUCCUGCUCUGUCCUCUCUGUCCUGCUCUGUCCUCUCUGUCCUGCUCUGUCCUCUCUGUCCAUAUCGAGUACAGCAUUAUUCUGUUCGGUCUUAAUGUAAACGGGAAUUAGCGAGUUAACAGACAUUAAAGUGGAGAAAAUGAUUUCUCAGCUGUUUAUUCUGUCAUCACAAGGAGAUCAUCUGAUCUACAAAGACUUCCGUGGAGAAGUGGAGAAAGCCUCCAUGAGCAGGUUUUAUGAGAUGGUGUCGUCCCUGAGUGGAGACCAGCCUCCUGUUGUCAUGAGCCACAAAGGUGUGAACUUUCUUCACAUCCGACACGCUGGACUUUACUGGGUGGUUUCUACAAAGACGGAUCCUUCUCCGUUCACCGUGGUCGACUUCCUGAACAGACUUGUAGCUCUGAUUAAGGAUUACUGUGGCAGUGUGUGUGAGAAAACCGUCCGCAUGAACUUUGCUCUGAUCUACGAGCUCCUGGACGAGAUGGUGGAUUACGGCUACAUCCAGACGACCUCCAUGGACAUCCUGAAGAAUUUUAUUCAGACGGAGCCGGUCGUCUCCAAACCCUUCAGUCUGUUUGACCUCAGCAACGUCGCUCUCUUUGGAGCAGAGACGCAGCAGAGUAAAGUGGCUCCCAGCACCGCUGCUGCUCGACCCAUCAUGACAUCUCACAGUGGAGAGGGAGGUAAGAACGAGAUCUUUGUGGACGUGGUGGAGAGACUCUCGGUUGUUAUUGGCUCUAACGGAGUUGUGAUGAAGGCAGACGUUGAGGGAGAGAUCAGAGUGAAGUGUUUUCUUCCUUCAUGUUCAGAGAUGAGGAUCGGCCUGAACGAGGAGAUCAGCAUUGGGAAAUCUCAGCUCAGGGGUUACGGGGCGGCUGUGCGUGUGGAUGAGUGCAGUUUUCAUCAGACUGUGAAACUCGAUGAGUUUGAUACCUACAGGAUUUUAAAAAUUUGCCCCAGCCAGGGAGAGCAAACCCUUAUGCAGUACCAGCUGUGUGAUGAGCUGCCGUGUCCUCCUCCGUUCCGUCUCUUCCCCACCGUGGAAAAGGAUUAUGGGAGCAGAUUGUUGAUUUUUCUCAAACUGCGCUGUGAUUUGCUACCAAACAGCGCUGCUAUAAACGUGUCAGUGACGAUUCCUGUUCCCAAGUGUUCUCUAAGUCUUUCUCAGGAGUUGAGUAGUCCUGACCAGACAGCCGAGCUUCGACCUAAACACAAAUCUAUUGUGUGGGAAAUCCCCCGGUUCCCAGGAGGAGCUCAGCUCUCUGCUCUCUUUAAGGUGGAGGUUCCCAGUUUUAGCUCCGCCUCUCUCCUGGAGGUGGGGCCUGUCAGCAUGAGCUUUGAGCUUCCGAAACACACUUGUACAGGGCUGCAGGUCCGAUUUGUGCGUCUGUCUCCGAACCAGCAGGGUCUGUCUCACCGCUGGGUCCGCUACGUCACACACUCUGAGUCCUACACCAUACGCAUCUGAUCCACACACACACACACACACACACACACACACACACACACACACAUACACACACACUGUGUAUUUCCAGUAUUUCAUCAUUUUCUUUCAAAAGAUUCCACGACAUUUAUUUAUCAUGAAUCUCUCAUUUAAGUUACUCUAAAUGCAUCCGUUUGUGACGUCGAGUGUGUGAGUACGAGUCUGUGUACAUAUUAUUUUUUAAAAAUACUUUUAUUAACAUUAUUGUUUUGUAUCGUUGAUUGUGAUUUUCUUUGUAAACUGUCAUCAUGCUUUGUAAAGGUGCUAUAAUUAAAUUAUAUUAAAUAUUAAAGAAGU